AUGAAUAUUCCUCCCGGAAAAGAUUGGUCAGUCGGUAUGGAAACCUGCGGCAACGACGACGUCACGGAAGUGGGAGAAAUGUCCGGCCUUGGAUACGGAGUCGGUCCGCACAUGCGGCUCGGAACGGGGCCGGGCCGGGCGGGAUCGGACCGGACGAGGCCCGACAUGGCCGGCGGCCUCCUCGUCGGCAGCAUCGUCGGCACCGACGGCAGCGCCGACCUCACGGCCCUUCUCUCUUCCUCGUACUACCCGACGCCCCCGGCACCGUCGCUGCCGUACCAGCAGCCCAUCUUUGGCAACCUCGCCCUCCCCGGCGGCUUACAGUUUGGCUACUCGGACAUCUUCGGCGAGCUCUUGCCGAGCUUACCCUCCUCCGGCCCGUCCGCCGCAGCCGCUGCCGGUGUCGUGACCGAGGUUUCCCAGGUCGUCGACGAAAGCAGGAAACGCAAGCGGCGAGCGUCAAACUCCGGGACCACGACGGCGAGGCGCGCCGGACGGCCGCGAAAAAAUACAGAGGAAUCGCAAGGAGAGGAUCCCGACGAGCGUCGCCGAAGACAGGUCCGGGUCGCCCAGCGGGCCUACCGCUCUCGCAAGGAGUCGCACGUCUCCUUUCUCUCCGAGCGCGUCGCCCAACUUGAGACGGCCAUCGACAGCAUGAGCUCGGCCAUCAUCUCCUUUACGGAUGAACUGACUCGGUCGGGUGUCCUGGUCCGGCACGCGGAGCUCACGAGCUGCCUGCGCGAGACGAUCCAAACCUGCCUCCGGCUCGUCAAAGCUUCGGCUGGCGAGGAGGAGGAGGCGUCCGAACGGUCGGUGACGCCGACCGGGUCGAGCUCCGUCCUGCUGGCGCUGCCGCGGGCCUUCAAUGCACUCCCCGUCGCCGCCGUCGACAGCUUCCUGCUUCAGAGGGCGACGUCGGGCCUCGCGGCGACGCCACUGGCCGUCACCGACAUCGACUUCUCGCUCCUCAUGGACCGCCUGCACCUGGGGGUCGUCUACCACGGCUACCUCGCUCUCGCGGACCCGUCGACUUCCCUCGAGCGUGUCCGGCGGCACUUUGUCCUGCUCUCCACCGUCCUGGACCGCGGACGUAUGGUCGCCUUCUUUGCCGCGGCCCUGCAUGCCAAGAUGAGCAGCCGCCGACUCGACGAGGAUCGCGAGUGGGAAGCGGUGCCCUUCUUUCGCAUCGGAGGUGCAGGCUCUCACUACUCGCGGCCGCCGUCGUCGGUCGCCGUCUACCCCAGUCGCGCGCAAACCUGGCGCAACGUCACCGUCCCGCUCUCCCUCUUCUCCGCCGACGUUCGGAAGCACUUUGAAGGCGACUGGUUCGACAUGCAGGACUUGGAGUGUCAUCUGCGCAAGAGAACGGCUCAGCUGGUGGUCUCGACGACGACGACGCCCAUCAUUCAUGUUGCCCGCUUGGUUCACGGCUUGCUCAACAAGUCGGCCAGUCUCGGCCGCUCCGCCGGUUUCCGACGUUGCGACGUUGACGAGGCCUUUCACGCUGCUAUCGCGACGGCGCCAGCUUGA